AUGGAUUUUUGGUUUUGUUCUAUUUAUUAUUAUGAAGGGUAUAAAGAUAAAAAAAAAUAUGGAUAUUAUGGAAAAGAAAUAAAGGAAGCAUUUGAAGAGGCAGAUAAAGAGAUACCAAAUAUAUCAAUUUUACGUAAAGCAAAUCCUGAUGCUGUAUAUACAAAUAGAGCUUUUUCAUUUGAAAAUUUGACAAAGCCUAUUAAUUCGUCUCUUAUCAUCUCAUAUCUUGAAAAGGAUGAAAAUAAUGAAGAUUUUCAAGAUUCUCAAUUAAUUGAAUUAGAAAUCCUAACUAAUUACAAUAUAGAGACGUCAGUAAUUGAAUUUAUAGAUUUAUUGUUUACGGCAGAUGUUGAACCAAAUAAUCUUUUAACUAAUACUAACAUUAUUGAAACAGCAAGAUAUUUUAUCUAUAAGCAACAAAAUUUAACUCAUGAACUUGUUAUCCAAUUUGAGGAGAAUUUUCUUGGUUUAUUCAUAAAGCUUACAUCAUAG